AUGAUACUGUCGCUGCGCCAGGUUAAACUUGGAACCGCGGUACAUGGCCGGCCAGAGGCGAUCGAUGCCGUUGAUAGUAUAACCGUGAAUACGGGGGUCGCAUAUGGGUUUCCCGCCGGCUUCUUGAAAGAGUGCCUGAGAGCAGGAGAGGCGGCGUGUGUUGUAGCGGUGAAGCAUCUUCCUGUAGGCAAGGUAGACGCUUUUUGCUACCGUAAAGUGGCCAAUAACAUCAGACUAAUUGUACGGCUAGGCCACUUGGCAGGACGAAGGAGCUUCAAAACAGUUCGCCGUUCACGGGGGCCGUGCGCUGCCGAGGGGCUCAAGCCGCUAUCAGAUGUCACAGGUUGA